GUUGAUCACGUGCGUUCGGACGUAUCACGCGCAGCACCACAUGGAGCACAGGAGGCAUCCUCGGAGUCAGUAGCAGUGAGAGAAUGGCGCAGGUACAGGCGCGUUUCUUCACCAAAAACAAGAGAUAUUCAGUGGAUGACAUUCCUUUUUCCAUUCCUGCAUCUUCACAAACUCAGGAUCUAAGCAAUGUCAUCAACAAGCUGCUGGAGUCCAAGAAGGAUGACCACCAACAUGUGGAGUUUGACUUCCUCAUCCGGGAGCAGUUCCUGCGCAUGUCACUGGGCAAACACAUCGAGACGGAGAACAUCUCGACGGAAGAUGUGUUGGAGAUUGAGUACAUCGAGAAGAGCAUCGCCCCACAGCCAGAGGAGUGCAUGAUGCACGAUGAUUGGGUCAGUGCUGUUGAUGCGACUGCAGACUGGAUACUCAGUGGCUCCUAUGACAAAACAGCUAGGAUCUGGACAUCUGAAGGGAAGGCUGUCAUGACCAUUGGAGGACACCUGGAUGUGGUCAAAGAUGUUGCCUGGGUACAGAGAGAUGGCUCCACUUCCCUACUGCUGCUUAGUGCCUCCAUGGACCAGACUGCGGUCCUGUGGGAGUGGAAUUCGGAGAAGCGGAAAGUCAAGGCCUUGCACUGCUGCCGGGGCCAUUCUGGCAGUGUGGAGUCCAUCGCAGUGGACAGCAGUAGGACAAAGUUUUGUAGUGGCUCCUGGGAUAGAAUGCUGAAGGUCUGGUCAGCAGUUCCCUCUGAGGAAGAGGAUGUGGCCGAGGAAGUGUCCAGCAGCCGAAGCAAGAAACAGAAAACAGAGCAGUGCGGGUUGACAAGGACCCCACUGAUGACCCUUUCUGGUCACAAUGAGGCAGUCUCCUCUGUGCUGUGGUCCGAUACACAGGAGGUCUGCAGUGCAUCUUGGGAUCACACCAUCAAAGUGUGGGACGUGGAGACGGGGAGCUUAAAGAGCACUCUGACAGGCAGCAAAGUCUUCAACUGCAUUUCCUACUCGCCGCUGUGCAGGAGGCUGGCAUCAGGGAGUGUGGACCGGCAUAUCCGCCUCUGGGACACUCGCAGUAAAGAUGGCUCCCUCGUGCAGCUUUCUCUCACUUCCCACACGGGCUGGGUAACGGCAGUGAAGUGGUCCCCAACGCACCCACAGCAGCUUGUCUCUGGCUCCCUGGACAAUGUUGUGAAACUCUGGGACACCAGGAGCUGCAAGGCUCCUCUCUAUGACAUGUCUGCCCAUGAUGACAAAGUGCUGUGUGUGGACUGGACAGAGCAAGGGUUGCUCCUGAGCGGCGGUGCAGACAACAAGCUCUACGCGUUUCGCUACUCGUCACCCCUUCGGACGAUGGAGCGUGAGUCCUGUGGCAUCACGGAGGAGCCAUUUGCCGGUGUGUGUGUGUGUAUUUUAUAUUGACUUGUUCAACGCUGUCCUGCUUUUAUAAAAAACAAACAAACAAA